AUGUCCGUCAUUGUCGAGGAGACACUCAAGGUGGCGACCCCAAAGCUCGACUACUCCGGUGCCCACGAGAAGACGGACCAUCGCCGCGCAAGCCCGACUGGGGGUGGUGUCCUCAACGCCGCCAAGGAUCCCAAGGAGUGGCUCUGUGUGUUCAUGCAGCACUACCAUCUUGGGGCCAACGGGUUCACAAACUGCUUCCCGACGGCGUUCAACGAGAGGAUGUGGCACAUCAUCAUCGCCAAGGGGUUUGCCAUUUUCGGCUUCAUCCUCAGUGACGCGACCCUCAAUAUGGGUGCCUGA